GCUUCUUAGAAUACGGGUGGGGGACAAUGUCAACAUUGUUGGAGCAGAGUAACGACGAUAUAGCAACUGUAAUUUUAUACAAACAGAAGGCAGGACCCUUCAAUCGAAGAUGAUUUCUUUCUUUGAAGGCAGGCCCAACCAUGGGGAAGUCUCUGUUUUCCUUGCCAAAGCAAAAAGAGGAGCAGGAGAACCUGACUGAAAACACAGAGUCUCCCAUUGAGGACAAUAAACAUGACGUGUCACAGUUUCCAUAUGUUGAAUUCACAGGCAGAGACAGCAUCACCUGUCCUACUUGUCAAGGGACGGGGAGGAUACCUAGAGACCAAGAAAACCAGCUAGUUGCUCUGAUACCAUACAGUGACCAGAGGCUGAAGCCAAGACGAACGACAUUGUACGUGUCUUUAUCAGUCGUUCUGUGUCUGCUACUUUCUGGUUUGGCUGUAUUCUUCCUGUUCCCUCGAGCUAUUGAUGUCUCUUAUGUUGGGGUGAAGUCAGCCUACGUCACAUACGACCGAGACCAGCGGAUAAUUUAUCUAAAUAUCACGAAUACCCUGAACAUCACCAACAAUAAUUACUACCCAAUACACGUUGCCAACAUCACAGCACAGGUGCAGUUCUACAAGACUGUUAUCGGAAAGUCUGUUGUCAGUAAUGUCACCACUAUCACCCCCCUGGAUAUGCGUCAGGUUGAUUACACUGUUCCCACCAUCAUAGCAAAUGAGAUGAACUACAUAUUUGACUUCUGUACCAUGCAGUCAAUUAAAGUGCAUAACAUUGUUGUCAUGAUGCAGAUGACUGUAACUGUCUUGUACUUUGGCCACGCUGAGCAGGUGUCUCAGGAGAAGUACCUGUACGUGGACUGUGGCUCAAACACCACGUCUUCACGUGGACACAUGAGUGUGAUACAGUGACGCCCCUCCGUAUGACCCACAGUCCCCCAUGUUCCCAUGUCGUGAAACAAAAGCUUGUCCUGAGUGUUACAAAUGGCAGAAGAUGAAGUCUGUACUGUAGGGUGACAACGUCAGGAUUGAUCAGCAAGUUUCAGCCAGAGCACUGAUGUCUUUCUACACCAUCAUUAUCGAUUCUUUAGCACAGCACUGAAGGUUUUGCUUGGAUAGACAGAAGCACUUUAGUACAUUUUGGGAGAAGGGAUGACAGCAGCAGAAUAUUUUACAUAGAGCUGCAAACACUCAAACCACUUUGACUACUCCGUUACAAUUUUAUUUUUUCUUGUGCGUUUGUUUUGUAAUGUUAAACAGUGUGCUGCAAUUUCCAUUCGGUCAUGCCGAUUUUAUUGUUAUUUAGCUCUUUGCGGAGCAGGUACUCUUUUGAUUUCUUUGGACUAUGGUGUUAACAUACAACAACAUGCCAGCUUUCAGAAGUUCAUGAGUUUAUGGGAAUUUUGUAUUAAUCCAUAUUUUUUCAACAUCUAAGACUGCAGUAAUUUAAAAAAAUAAAAUUCCACAAUAUCUGUUCUAAGGGAAUGUUUAGAAUGAAGGUCUAAACUACGUUUAAAAAACAAA